AUGGGCUCUCAUCCUGCAUCCCAGUGGAGACAACUGAGCGUCGCCGUUGUAGGCGGUGGUAUCGGUGGCAUGUCGACUGCUAUCUCCCUCCGCCGCGCCGGCCACGACGUAGCCAUCUAUGAGCGCAACGACUUCGCCGGUGAGGUGGGCGCCUCUGUGUCAUGCGCUGCCAACUUAACACGCUGGCUUCACGAAUGGGGUGUUGAUAUCGAGAAAGGGGAUCCCGUGCACAUGCACCGUAUGCUCAAAGAUUGUGCACUGCAGGGUAGCCCGGCCGAGCUGCUGGUUAAUCACUCUUGCAAGGAUAUCAAGCUCGAGAAUGGAGUCAUAACAUUCUCCAAUGGAUACAUGGCUCAGCACGACCUCGUAGUUGGAGCAGACGGCAUCGGCUCCAUAGUUCGCAAGAUCAUCGGGCUCAACACCGAAAAGCGGGCUUCAGAUUCAAGUUGCCUCCACGCUAAUGUUCGCACCGAGGACACAGUACGCCUAGGCUUGGUCGACUACUCGCAGGACAGCGCUCUGGAGUACUGGGGCGGCCAGGAGGGCAAGUGGGAUAAGAUCGUCCUCUCCCCUUGCAACGGCGGCAAGCUACUGUCCUACUACUGCUUCUUUCCGCGCACUCAGGGCGAGUGCAUCAAUCACGCCUGGGGCGGCGAGAACCGGCCGGUCGAAGAACUGCUCGCUCCGUACCCCGAGCUGGAUGCUCAGGUGAAGGCUCAUCUCGCUAGAGGCACUGAAAUCCAGCCAUGGAGAUUAUGGGUUCAGCCAACGCUUGCUCGCUGGGCGAUGCUGGUCAUCCCGUACGUAUUUUUCCGCUACACGUGUUGCGACCUGGCUAACGCAACAGAGAUGAUGCCACACCAAUCUCAGGGAGCCUGUGCAGCUAUCGAGGAUGCGGCUGCUCUCGGCAUCCUGUUCAGCCCGAACUACUUUAGGGGAGACAUCAAGGAGGCCCCCUCCGUCUAUGAGGAAGUCCGCCUUCCCCGGGUCACAAAGAUUCAAGCAGCUGUGGCGAAGGCUGCCACCAACAUCAAUGAGCGCAUAGGUUUUCCAAGCGACACCAACAAUCCCAACUACAAAGUCGAAGACGAGAAGAAGAAGUUGACGAUCGAAGAAAUGAAUGCGUACGAUAUGUACAAGGAUAUUGACGAGGCUUUUGCGCGGCGGAGGAACGUUCCCUUUUAG